AGGAAUAGUUAUACUUAAGAAAAAGACGAUAGGAGCCGAUAAUUCGACCGCAACCUUUAUUCUGAAGGCGGCGUCUCUCCAUUUCCGCUCUUUCCUCCAGUUACUUAGCAACGCCGACCGCUUUUAGCUUGCUAGCUGGGUUAGCAAGCAAACAGCCAUGGACGAUGCUGGCGACGACCUGGACGAACUGCUGGAUGAAGUCGAAAAAAAGUUCUGUAGAAACGUUUCUGUCGGACGUUCGGCUCGCGUUGACGCGAACGGGGCCGGGAAAGACAGCGAACAACAGGGAAAACCGAGUGCCACUAAACCUAAACAGUCGAUGAGCAGCGUCAGUGACGAUAUUGACACCCUCCUGGAGGAAUUACUGGAGGAAGACUACAGCGAUUCCCCUCCACGAAAGGCAGAAGCGUUUCCUAAAGGAACAGACGAGAAGAAGCUUCCAUCUCAGUCCGGAGGGAGAAAGUGCUGCCCCGUUUUCGUUGGCGGGAGCUCCGUCGCAAACGGAGUCGGAACAGCGACAUCCAAGAGGUCAUGUGACCAGCUGAGGUGUACGUCAUGUGACUUCCGGGUGCUGAUGUUCGAUGACUGCGAGUGGGACCCGUCCUGCGAUUACCUGUUCCUCAGGAACAACAUGCCGGAGCGUCAGAAGCUGGGAUCACGGCUGCGGAAGAGGAGAGGUCAGAGGUCGUACGCCUGUCAGUGCAGCUGGAUGUCUGCCUCGGAAGCUGCAGAUCUCAGGGAUCAUCCUCGGCUCAGAUGGGUCUGCGGCAAACACAACGACUGAGACACUUAGAAUCCCUCUCCGGAAGAACGCAGACGUUUUGGACGGAGAAACUUCUGCGGCUCAUCUGCUGAUUACUGUCUUUUACUAUCUUCAUCCUCAGACUGAGAAAUCUGCACAAGAACACUUUUGGGGAAGCUUGAACCCCAUAUCAGAAUCCAAGUCAGAUUAUGAAUGGUCCCACGGCCAUUACAUCAUGCUUCAUUAUGUCAGGCGUUACAUCCAGCCAUGUCUGCUGUUGGCGUCUCUGAGAGGAAAAGUGAUGGGAGUGUGGACAGGAGGAGGAGGAGGAGGAGGAGGAGGAGGAGGAGGAGGAGGAGGAGGAAAACCACAUCUGAGGAGCUGGAGCGUCUGCUGCCCGAGGACAAACAGAGAAAACCGAGGAACAGACAUGACAGACGAACAGGGUUGGCUCAUGCACAGGUCAAUUAACGACUCUUCUGCUUCCGUAACAUCGUCUUCUCUCAGACUCGUGGGAAGAAAACCUUCAGAAUCCACAUCCAGGAGUUUAUCCCACUAACUGUCUGUCUGUGUCUCAACAUUCCCUCUAAAUUCACCAAAAGAAUAGAAUGGGAGGAUGGAACCCUCUUUAUUAGUCACAUGCAUGCACACAGCAGAGCACACACAGUGAAAUUGGUCCUCUGCAUUUAACCCAUCCUAGUACUAGGAGCAGUGCUAACAUCAGAUGGUGCCUCAUUUGCAUAUUUAAAUAUAACAUGUCAGAAAACGUGUAAUAUAAAAAGUGAUAGUGUUAAUGUCAGUAAGGAAGUGAGGGGGUAUCCCGGGGAUAUCUGUUGGUGACAGCCUUUACCCUGUUCCCCUGCACUGUGUUCAACAUGUUUACAGUCCUGAUCUUAAAGGCUGGUUUCCAUUAUUGAGUUUGUUCAUGUUGUCUGAGCCAUUUAUAAACAUCUAUGAAACCAUAACUGGGUUUUUAAAAUGUAUUUUUAUCAUUAUUAUUAUUAAAAAUAGACAUGCCAAAAUAAAUCAGUGUGUUGAUGGACAUGAACGUUGUGGAUAUUACAUUAACUGAAUGAAAAUAUAAAUAAAGCAAACAUUUCUGGGCAA